GUUCGUAAGCAAAACUCGGAAGAGCAAUGCGAAGCCAACAGCAACAGUAAACAGUAAAAAGUGACAAAGCCAAGCAGUGGCAAACAGCAAUAACGGUAGCGAAAUAUUGAGACGGUCGUUGCGCUGGCAAAAAACCACAGUCCGCGCUAGUACGCGAUGUUAUAUCGGCGAGCAACAACGUCGCGAUGCUGUGCGUUGCGCCCGAAAGGCUGCAAGGGAAUUAUAUUUAAAGCCCACAAAUUGUAUUAAUUUAAAGGUAAAGUGUGGCAGUAAAAUGUAGGCGAGCGCCGUUGUGUGCAGCUGUCGUCGAGAAAAUAGAAAAAAUAUUAUAUAAAUAUAAAAUAAACAAGAAAGUGUGUUGAAAGCUGUAGAAAGUGUGUGCAAAUUGCUGGCAUAUCCUUGUGUUAUACGAAAUUGUCGAUUUGGGAAUUUUCGUGUGCGUAUUUUUGCCUCUUCUCUCCAUUCUUCCGCUGUUGUUGUCGGCUCAAGGCGAGCAGCUGUAAAGCGGUUAAAUACAAUCGAAAGUUUGAGGUUGCUGCCUUGUACACGUGUUUGCGUGUGUUGGUGGCGUCGGCAUUAGUGCACACAAUCAAUAACAACAAAUUAUUUGAGAUUUUGCCAAGGGUGUGAACGUGCAAAUGCGAAAGCAAACAGAAAGCAUGUCAGAUAAAGGCAGUGAAAAACAAAAGGCACUCAACGUGUUAAAAGCAUUUGUAGUUUCGGCUAAGAAAAGCAAGUGAAGAUUUCGACAAAAGAUGUAAAAAGAAAAGUCAAAUAAAAUAUGAAGUAAAAGGAGAGCAAAAAAUAAUUAAUAAUAGAUGAAAUUCUUUUUCUUAUGUUGAGUGUGUACAAAUCGGUUUAAACAGAUUAAAACUAGCAUGCAUGUGUAUAUAUACAGUUAUGUGUAAUUAAAGAUAGUGUGUGAGUGUUAGAGAAUGUGUGGGAGUGGAGGCUCAUUAAAUCAUAAAAAAUAUGUGGUAAUUUCCAGUGAAAUAUUAACAGAUGCUUGGGCGACUAAGUAAAAAAAAACCAAAACAACAACAAAAAAAGCAAAAACAACAACAGAACAGCAAACAAAAUAACAACAAAAACAACAACAAUAAAAAUCAGAAAAGCAAAAAACAAAAAAACAACAAAAAAUAAAACAACAAUAAUAACAAAAAGCAAAAACAACAACAAUAACAAUUAAGACAACACCAAUAACAGCAUUUCUGUAGCCCGACGCCGGUUUGAACGGAAGUAAACUACGCUACAACCGCGCACUUAUAAAAGCGUGCACACACACAUACAUAAAUGGUUUUUUUCUCAGUGUAUGUGUACGGUGCGUUAAACCCCGUCACCGGCAUCAUCACACACUCGGCCACUGAGUUGUUGUGCCAAUUUAAUUAGCAAAAGUGUGUGCUGCGGUGCUCGGGAGUGGCAGCCUGUGUGGCAGACGUUGUGGCAAACACAACAACAAAAACAACAAUAAUAGCAAAAAAUGAAAUAGCGUUUCUUUAGCGCGGCAUUAGAAGCGCAGAGUUGAAAUCGUUGACGCUUAAGCACCAGCAGCGGCGGCGGCAGCUGUUGCCGGUAUUUGAAAGUUGGAAGUUUUCUCGUGUUUUAGUGUGCGUGUGUGUGUGAAAAGUGCGAAAAAGGCUAAACCUGCGAAAUGUAGUUGCAAAAAGUGGCGCGCAUAGAAACAACAACAACAACAGCAAGAAAGCGGCAUUGCAACAAAAAACUACUCCACUUGCGCUCCACAGCAACGGCGUGGAGUUGGCAAAUUGUGGAAGCAGAAGCGAAUCGCCACCACAAACGCCUUUCAAUUAACGCGAACGAAGUAAAAUAAAUAUAAAUAACGGUACAAUUGAAAAGAAGCGAAAGGCAAACAGAUUGCUGAUAACAUUGAUGCAAGUGUUCUCUUUACAAUCUCUCCGCCCCGUUGGCAAUUAGCCGAGUUACACUGCCGUGACAUGUUGAUGCGUUCAACGCGGCGAUGCAACCACGAGCGCCCGCGCCAAUCGGGAGUGCACAAGGUGAGGUGGAUUCGAGCAUCUGUCGCUACUUUCAAAGUGUAAAAGACAACAAGCAAAGCAACACAGGAUUGAGAGAUAACUUAAAGCUAGUUGCAAUGCAAAUAAACGAGUGAAAGAACAACGAAGAAGCAAAAAAAAAAAAAAACAGAAAAAAUAUAUAAAUUUAUUUAGAAGGCUGGGAAAGCGCUUCCGUCUUUUGCAUAAAGUUCUCGGUGACAACUACUGCUGAAGAAAUUGCAGUGUCCAUACUCUGAUUGCACCAGAGACGACGCUUGACGUGCGCUUCGUUCAAUUGGCACGAUGUGGGCGCACAAUAUGGCGUUGGCGAGGCGCGGCUUUAGUUAUGAGACGCGUUGGCUGCUCUUGCUGAUUGUGAUGUGCGAUAUGACAAAUGGUGGCGUUCAAGGACCUAUGGAGAGUUACAAUUCACUGGAGGAGCAUUUGCACGCUUUGAGCACAACACAAUAUCCACCCACCACGGUUGGCUACGUACAUCCGAAGUGGAUUGAGCCGUACUUUGAUCCGUCGACGCCGCGCAAUGUCACCGCAUUAAUGGGCAAAUCGGCGUAUUUGAGUUGCCGCGUACGCAAUUUGGGCAACAAAACGGUCUCGUGGAUACGCCAUCGUGACAUACACAUACUCACCGUGGGCGCGUACACGUACACGUCGGAUCAGCGUUUCCAGGCGACACAUCAUCAGGACAGCGACGACUGGACGCUGCAAAUAAAAUGGGCGCAAAAACGCGACGCUGGCAUGUACGAGUGUCAAAUAUCAACGCAGCCGGUGCGCAGCUACUUUGUGCGGCUCAACGUUGUGGUGCCAACAGCGACCAUCCUUGGCGGACCCGACCUUCAUGUCGACAAAGGCAGCACCAUAAAUCUUACAUGCACAGUGAAAUUCAGCCCAGAGCCGCCGGCCUACAUUUUCUGGUAUCAUCACGAGGAGGUCAUCAAUUAUGAUUCGUCACGUGGCGGCGUUUCGGUAAUUACCGAAAAGGGCGAUGUUACUACGUCAUUUCUGCUCAUACAAAAUGCCGACUUGGCCGAUUCGGGGAAAUAUUCCUGUGCGCCAUCGAAUGCCGAUGUGGCCAGCGUACGCGUUCACGUACUAAACGUUCGGCCCAUCAUUUCAGGUGAACAUCCGGAGGCGAUGCAAACCGGCUCAUCCGGCUGUCAGUUCAGUUGGCUAACAAUUUUCCUGCUCGUCGCCGUCGUGCUCGGCUAUCAGCAGCAAAGUUUCGUACUCAAUGCAGCGAGCGUUUUCGGCACAACAACAACAACAACAAUAGCAGCAAAAUCAAAUGUAAGCGAGAGGGUGGUUGUUGCAGCCCACAAAAGCGCAACAACAAUAACAAGAGCAAAAAGCACAGUUAACCGUCAAUUGCUGCAUAUAACGCAAACAAUGGCUGAUGUAACUGUAGCAACAACAAAAACAGCACUACAUACAACAACUGCAGUGCACAAAGCUGAAAUGAUAGUAAAAACAACAAAAAAAGCAGAUUUACUGACGGCAGACAUAUAUGUUGCACUUGCAACGACACAGAAUGCAAUAACGGAUCAACAAAACAGCAACGGCAUAACAAAGAAAGAAGCUGCAACGACUGUUGCAUGCCCAACAACAACAACAACAAUGCGAAACUUGCCUGCAACCAUGGCAACAAGUUCAAGUGUGUCCGUAAAGGACUCGCCUGCUUCCAUUACUUUGCCAAAAGCAACAACAACACAAAUGACAACAACAACAACAAAAAGUUGCUGCAAUACAACGAAUAUGCCCACCAGCCCAAACGCCAAGAGUCACAACGAAACGACCGCCGGCAAUGCAACUAUCCAGUUGCAGCGCACACAGGCAAAUAGUAGAGGCUGCGCCACGCCCACCACCUGCGGCGUCAGUGUGAGAAGCACUAAGCCCAAAAUCGACUGCAAUAAUAUGAUAAACAAAACUGUGACCAAAAGCGGCAAUGCAAAUUUCGCUCACUUUUGCAACAGUAGCAGCAACAACAACAACAAUAGAGGGGGCAACAACAACAGUAGGCACACUGCAACAGCGACUACGGACAGCACAUGCUCAAAAAGUCAUGUGCCAAACGUCAGCGGCAGCAAUACCAACAACAAAAACAGCGUAAAUUGCAACAACAACAGCAACGUAAAUUGCUACAACAACAACAAUAACGUAAGUUGCAACAACACGGACAGCAGCCGUCAUACGAUGUGCCACCACAACGGCUACGAUGUCAGAUGAUGCGUUUGUGUUGCUGGACAGCGGCCCGUGCAUUGAUAACGGUAGUACUCGGAAUCUUAAAUGGAAAAUUUUCAUUUCAAUGGCAAAAUAGUUCGGUCACAAAGCAAUAGCUGCGUAAAUUGCUUGGCAUUUAUGAGGCUACAACAACAACAAACACCUCGCCGUCGGCUCAUGCCGUAAGAGCGUAUGCAUACUUAAUAGUGGGACUGUGUGUAUGUGUUUGAGUGUGUGUCGUAGUAGCCUGCAAUUGUUUUAUCUGCCAAUACUUAAGAGCGCGCUGAGCACCGUUGUCAUUCACAUUGAAACUUUCCAUUUUCGACGACGAAUUUUUAACAAGAAAUUUUAUUUCGAUUUCGAAGCAUGGCAAUUGCGAGAACUAAAAAUAUUAAUAUAGAAAAAAAAUAAUAUUCAAAAUUUUCAUACCAACUUGACGCGGCUGCUGGCAUGCACGUGCGCGCACACACAUGCAAGUGUACAUGUGAACUGUUAGUCAAUAAAAUGCUCGAGCUGUAAGUGAAAAAUUAGUACAUAUAAUUACAAAUAAAUUAGACUUAAAAGAAAAUGAUAAAUUAAUAAGAAGCAAAUACUUAAGAAAAUAUUAUAUGAUAGUAUAACUGAUAAUAUAAGCGUUGAAAGUGCGUAAA